GGAGUUGAGACCUAUUUCUCUGAGGCAGGCGGCGGGCUUUUGGGAAACGCCUCCACUCUGCUCUGCCUGUCACUGCGUCUGAGCUGUGCCACACACUGAACCGCACACACAGGAACACGACACACACAGACGACGCGGCCCGGGCUAAAAAUACCCUGAUCGCCGCAGAGCCGCGCGUUGAAGAUGAAGCAGAGUUUACUGGAAAUGAAAUGACUGAUGCAACUGGAUGUCCACUGAGAAACAAGAUAACUUGCUUUCAAAAGAAAAACAAGCGUGUAAGCAAUUCACAUGAAGUAUCUAACUGAUGCAUUAGAUGUGAGGACUUGCAGCUUAUCCUGGAUUCCUUUAAUAGAGUUUUGAAGCCAACCUACCAUCAAUGAUAGCAUCUUAGAUGGAUUACAAUGAAAUUUGGUGCAGACGAUUUUGGUCCCCGGAGGAUGAACCCUACAGUGAUUUGGUUGACUUUUCCUAUAACACCACAAGGGGGUUGAAAUCUUUGUUUUUGACUCAAAAACGAAGCAUCUGUUGAAUAAAGCCGUUUACUGCUUAAUAUGUAAAACACACAGUAUAGAAAGAGCAUUGUUUAUUAUAAAUCAUUAAUGUAGCAACAAGUUGCAUUUUCACAGAUAUAUUGCUAUAUCCUUAAUGUGUUAGGAUGUGUAUCUAUUCAACCACUUUCCAAACUAACAGCCAGAACUACACAGAGAAAAUAUAGAGCGACUCUAUGUGAAAGGACAAAAACUGUUUCGACAUUUAAGGAGUUUUGUGUUCAUGCAGGACACCAUUAAAAAUAGUUUCAAGCACAUUUAAGCAAAAUGGGCAGAUUUGUAGUUUAAAAAAAAACGUGCCUGUCAUACAGUGAGAACAUGAUUGUGAUUUAUUGCCAUAUGCAUGUAUUUUGAGCCCAAAGAGGAAGUGCUCCUUUUACGGUAGCGCCUCAGCAGGUAGGCCCAUCCGGCCUUGACCCACUGUUGGAUCCGUUCUCUUUUGCCCUCCGUUGCCCUCAACCAUCUUCGUCUGGCUGGCAUGUGCCUCUCCGCAUUCCCAUGACCCAACUCUAGGUCUAAAUAUAAAUAAGGUCACAUUACGUAAUCCCAAGCAGAACAUUCCCAGUCGAGAAGGCCUGGGAGCGCAAGCCGCGUGUGCUCUGUGAGGCUCCAUUAUACCCAAAUGAUGGGAUGCAGUGACAGCCAGUGAGAGAAGUCCAGCGGCGGAGCUACACACUUCUGGAGCACACCAGCUGACACACAACCUUCAAAACCUGGUGGUAUCUCAAGUGUGCGUCCCGCACUUGAUGACAUGGGUAAUGGGAUAAAUAAGGUCCUGCCUCAUCUGUAUCUCGGAAAUAUCAAAGAUGCACGAGACGGGGAGCUGCUGGCGCAGCACAACAUCACCCACAUCCUGUCCAUCCACGACACAGCUGCACCCAUCCUGGAGGACAUGACGUACCUGUGUAUAUCGGCUGCUGACCACUCCAGACAAAACUUGAUUCAGUACUUCAGAGACAGCAUCAUGUUUAUCCACGAGUCCCGAAUGAAAGGAGAGGGCUGCCUCGUCCACUGUGUGGCAGGCGUGUCCCGCAGCGUGACUCUGGUGGUGGCCUACAUCAUGACGGUGACCGGUCGCGGCUGGGUGGAGGCUCUGGCGGCGGUGAGGUCGGCUCGGCCCUGCGCGGGGCCCAACCUGGGCUUCCUCCGGCAGCUGGAGGAGUUUGAAAACAGGGAACUGACAGAAUAUCGGGCCUGGUGGGAGGACCGGUACGGGAAGAACUCGAUCGACGAUGAUGAGGAGGUGAAAAACCUUUUAACCCAGAAAUCCAGCAGCAAUGUUCCCAUAACAACCAGCAUCUCUCCUGCCCUCGGGGCAGGUGGCACCUGAAGCAAUGUCUCCUAAUAGGAGCUUGUCUUCUUUGAACUCAACUAGCUGAAGGAGGGACGGGCUUCUCUCAGAACAUUGAACCCACCUGGACCAGACCGCCGCCUCCGUUGGCGGUCCUGCAGAGAAAAGACGAACGCUGUGUAUCAAUACGAUAACUUAAAGUUUGCAGAAUGGCAAAAAAAAGUCAUGUGUGAGAUUUUGAAGGGGGGGGUGGGGAUUUUUCAAUGUUGUCAUAUCAGUCCCCUUCGUCAUGUCAUGUCCUCUAACUGUCAAAACAACAUGCAAGGGCGGCCAAGCAUGACAUGCAGAAGGACAUGCAUAUGAAAUAUGUACACAAGCUCACGCUAUGAUGUGUCCUCUUCUUCUUGAAAUGACCCUUUUCUUCAUGCAGUGUGCAAACAGGGCAAUGAUGUGUCUUCCAGUGAAACGGCUUUAGAAGUAAUAUUGUUUUUCUAAUCACAUUUUUUAUCCCUUUUUUCUUUGGUGUUGUAAAAUACAGUGUGUGGGAUUUAAAUGAGAUUGUCAAUUAUAAGAAGGUUUAAGUAAAAAGCCAAACUUGAGUUUGUGGAGUUAAUGAUUCACACCUUUUAUUUAGGCUCCAGAUUAUAAUAAUGUACACAUUUGAAUUUGCAUUUAUUGAAUAAAAACAUCAACAUACAGUUUAAUUCAUCAAGUGAACAUUCUUUAUUUAGGUGCUUAUUUAGAUCAGUGUAGUUUGUAGUGUGAAUUUUAGGAAUUGCAAGCCAUGAGCCACUGGUCUUAACUGGUCAGUAGUGGGAGAAAUGUAAAGAUACUUGAUUGUAAUGCCAGCAUAUUAACAAUACUCUUUACAAAGAUAACGGACGUUAGCCAGCAUUGCGAAAAAAGUUUUGAAACGAUGGACAUGAUUUUUUUUUUAAAUGGAUUAUUUUACCGGACUUGUACAAAAGGGACAGUUUGUUUUAAUCUGAAGGAUUGCACGCGUCUUGUCUGCGGCUCGCUUCUUUACUUUUCGUAAAGCUUUAUCAUUUCAAAGAAUUGUUUUCGUCUUCGUACCGUCAUUAUUUUCCACGUGUGCGGGCGUGUGACACUUUUCGGCCGACGACGGCAGGGUUUCCCCAGGGGGGAGGGAGGGGGAGAGAGGCAAAGAGAGAGAGAGAGAG